AUUGAAUCAGUGGUCAAUCUAAUUAAAGAGCGACGUAAUGUUGUUGUCUUAACGGGAGCUGGUAUAUCAGUCAGCUGUGGCAUUCCGGACUUUCGUAGUAAAGACACAGGCCUGUACUCGAUACUAGACGCGGAAGAGCUAGGCUUAUCGUGUCCGGAAGAAUUGUUCGAUUGGGAAGUUUUUCAAGAAAGCCCACAGCCUUUUUACACUUUUGCUCGAAAAUUGUAUUUUCCCCUAGGAAGCGACGAACGUGCGAAACCCAGCGACUCUCACAAACUCUUGUCUUUAUUGGAAAGACAGAAGAAACUUCUUCGAGUUUAUACCCAGAACAUUGACGGCUUGGAGCAAGAGGCGGGCGUAUCCUCAAAGAAAAUUGUGUACGCACACGGAUCUCUGCAGUUCGCUACAUGUCUUACUUGUAAGCGGAAAGUGAGUGCCAAAGAGAUUGAACCAGACAUUCUACGUGCACGAUACGAGAAUAGUCUGGUUUGUAAUGGUAUACUGAAGCCGGGCGUAACGUUCUUCGGUGAAACGUUGCACGACAAUGUCGGGCGAAGUUUGGAAGUGGACUAUGACAAGGUCGAUGCCCUGAUAGUGAUUGGUACCUCACUCUCCGUGUACGUAUGUAGACUGGAUGUACGUGAGGUGACAGUGGCUUGA